ACUAGUUUCUGAUUCUAAUCUUAAAGAAGGCCGGUCAGACUGCUGCUCUGCUAUGGCCACACGAUGGGGCAUCUGUGGCGCAGGAAAGAUCAGCCAUGACUUCAGCGUGGCUCUGAAAACCCUGCCAGCCAGAGAGCAUCAGAUAACAGCGGUGGCUGCAAGGAACCUGGAGAGAGCACAAACAUUCGCUAAGACUCAUGGCAUCCCCAAGGCUUACGGGAGCUACCAGGAGCUUGCUGAUGACCCAAAUAUCGACAUCAUAUACCUGGGUGUUCUCCACACUGAGCACCUGAAGCUGGGUCUGCUGUUCCUGAAUGCUGGGAGGAACGUGCUCUGUGAGAAGCCGUUUGCCAUGAACCUCAGGGAGGUCAACCAGCUCAUCACAGCAUCCAGGAGGAGCAAUGUCUUUCUCAUGGAGGCUGUGUGGUCGAGGUGUUUCCCGGUGUACAGUGAGGUAGGCAGGCUGCUGGGUGAGGAUGCUGUUGGAGAGGUGAAGCUGGUGAAAGCUUAUUUCGGAUCCCCGCAGCUGCACGUCCCCCGCUCGGUGGAGAAGGAGCUGGGAGGAGGAGCUCUGCUGGACAUUGGAAUGUACUGUCUUCAGUUGGUGCUGAUGGUGUUUAAGGGGGAGAGACCGAGGUCUGUCCACGCCACAGGAGUGCUGCUGGACUCGGGUGUGGACGAGUCAAUGGUGGUGGUUCUGAAAUUUUCAGGGAACCGGUUGGCCUGGUGUGCUUUCUCUAUUGCUGUGGCUCUUUCCAAUGAUGCCAUCAUCACUGGCACCAAGGGCUCCAUCAGGGUUGCUUUGCCCAUGCAUUGUCCAACCACUCUGGAGGUGAACGGAAGGCAGACUGAGUUUCCUCUUCCGGAACCUUCUCUGCCUCUCCACUUCACCAACAGCACAGGGCUGCGAUACGAGGCUGAGGAGGUCAGACACUGCUUACUCAAAGGGCUGAAGGAGAGCAGCAGGAUGAGUCUGGCAGAUUCUCAGCUGCUCACUGAGAUCAUGGAUGAAGCUCGGAAACAAGUGGGAGUAGUUUUUGAUCAGGACAGCCGGUGAAUGUCCUGUGUUCUUUUUCACCACUUCAAUUCACACAGAGUUAUCACUAAGAGCAUCACUAGCUAACAGACCCUGUCUACCAUUAACUGAAGAGCUGAAGUCCACACAUGAUUGUAGUUCCACUGUGAAGAGUGAUUAUUUGUGUGUUUUCUGGAAACAGAAACCUGCUGCACUGCCAGAUUAUUAUAUUAUAAUCAUUCAUUUUGUCUUUACCUGACUGUUGAAUUAAUUCUUGUUAAAGAGAUUUCUAAAUUAAA